AUGGCCUUGUCGUUUUGCGGCAACGACAAGAACAUCAACUCCUACAGCGUGGAGCAAGGCGUGCUGAACAAUGGCUGCUUCGUGGACGCGCUCAACCUGGUUCCUCAUGUCUUCCUGCUCUUCAUCACCUUCCCCAUCCUCUUCAUCGGUUGGGGCAGUCAGAGCUCGAAGGUCCAGAUCCAUCACAACACAUGGCUUCAUUUCCCCGGACACAACAUGAGAUGGAUCCUCACCUUCUCGCUGCUCUUCGUCCACGUCUGCGAGUUCGCCGAAGGCAUCGUCUCCAACAAGAUGAUGGCCACCAACCACCUCCAUCUCUUCAUGCCGGCGUUCAUGGGCUUCAUCGCUGCUACGACGUCGGUGGUUUACUAUCACAACAUAGAGACGUCCAACUUCCCCAAACUGCUACUCGUUCUUUUCAUCUACUGGGUUUUGGCGUUCAUCACUAAAACCAUCAAGUUGUGGAAGUUUGCGGCGUACAGCGUGGGACCGCAGCACCUGAGGUUCUGCAUCACGGCUCUGCUGGUCAUCCUGUACGGACUGCUGAUGGGCGUAGAGAUCAACGUCAUCAGAGUCCGAAGAUAUGUAUUCUUUGCCAACCCUCAGAAGGUGAAGCCGCCAGAAGAUUUACAGGAUCUGGGAGUUCGCUUUCUGCAGCCGUUUGUCAACCUGCUCUCCAAGGCAACAUACUGGUGGAUGAAUCCUCUGAUCAUUGGAGCUCAUAAAAGGCCGAUAGAGCUGAAGAAGAUCGGGAAGCUGCCGAUCGCUAUGAGAGCUCUCACCAACUAUUUACGACUCAAAGACGCAUACGAGGACCAGAGGACGGCCGAGGACCCGGAUCGCCCCCCGUCUAUCUGGCGCUCCAUGUACCGAGCGUUCGGCCGUCCCAUCCUGCUCAGCAGCACCUUCCGUUACCUGGCCGACCUGCUGGGAUUCGCCGGGCCUCUCUGCAUCUCCGGCAUCGUGAAGUAUCUGAACGCCAGCGAUAAAGUCCCCCCGCCAGACAAGGAAAAGGCGAUGUUUUUCGGCGUGUACUUCAUGUCCUCCACUGAGCUGCUGCAGAACACUUCAGUCCUGGCCGUCCUCCUCUUCCUGGCGCUAGUCCUGCAGAGGACCUUCCUGCAGGCCUCCUACUACGUUACCAUAGAAACAGGCAUCAACCUGCGUGGAGCCCUGUUGGCGAUGAUUUACAACAAAAUCCUGCGGCUGUCCACCUCCAACAUGUCUAUGGGGGAGAUGACACUGGGGCAGAUCAACAACCUGGUUGCCAUAGAGACCAACCAGCUGAUGUGGUUCCUGUUUCUCUGCCCCAACCUGUGGGCCAUGCCUGUACAGAUUGUGAUGGGAGUGAUUCUGCUCUACUAUUUAUUAGGCUACAGCGCCUUAGUAGGAGCGUCUGUCAUCGUCCUGCUGGCUCCAGUCCAGUACCUCAUAGCUACGAAGCUGGCAGACACACAGAAAAGCACACUAGAGCACUCUACCGAUCGCCUAAAAAAGACCACAGAGAUCUUAAAGGGCAUAAAGCUACUAAAGCUGUACGCCUGGGAGAAUAUCUUCUGUGAUAGUGUGGAGGACACUCGAGGAAAAGAGCUCACCAGCCUGAAGACGUUCGCUUUCUACACUUCUAUGUCAAUUUUCAUGAAUGCUGCUAUCCCCAUUGCCGCUGUACUUGCGACAUUUGUGAUGCAUCAUUUCAUCAAUGAAAACGGUCCAAGUCCUUCUGAGGCUUUUGCUGCUCUGGCCUUGUUCCACAUCCUGGUUACUCCUCUCUUCCUGCUCUCCACUGUCGUCAGAUUUGCCGUCAAGGCUUUGGUCAGUGUCCAGAAGCUCGGCGAGUUUCUGCAGAGUGACGAAAUUGGAGAUGACAGCUGGAGGAACGGAGACAUGGCCGUUUCCCUGGAGGCCGGUAAAAAACACCUGGGCCCGGUGACCAUCAACAGGAAGCAGCCAAUGCGCUACCAGAUGGACAACUAUGAGCAGCCGACCAGGCGACAGAUGAGACCCACGGAGACCGAGGAUGUGGCUGUAAAGGUGAGCAAUGGAUUCUUCACCUGGGGAAGCAACCUGUCGACGCUGUCCGACAUCAACAUCCGCAUCCCAACAAGUCAGCUGACGAUGAUCGUGGGCCAGGUGGGUUGUGGGAAAUCGUCGCUGCUGCUGGCCAUGCUGGGCGAGAUGCAGACCAUCGACGGAAGAGUCCACUGGAGCGAUUGGUCAGAGACAGAGGAGUCAGACGAAGACAUCAGGAGCAAGAACAGAUACUCGGUGGCCUACGCUGCUCAGAAGUCGUGGCUGCUGAACGCGACGGUGGAGGAAAACAUCACGUUCGGGAGUCCGUUCAACAAGCAGAGGUAUAAGACAGUGAUUGACACGUGCUCUCUGCAGCUGGAUAUCGACCUGCUGCCUUUUGGAGACCAGACUGAGAUCGGAGAGCGAGGCAUCAACCUGAGUGGAGGUCAGAGACAGAGGAUCUGUGUGGCUCGAGCUCUCUACCAAAACACCAACAUCGUCUUCUUGGACGACCCGUUCUCAGCGCUGGACAUCCACCUCAGCGAUCACCUGAUGCAGGAAGGAAUCCUCAAGUUCCUGCAGGAAGAUAAACGGACGGUCGUCCUCGUCACUCAUAAACUGCAGUAUCUAAUACAUGCAGACUGGAUCAUAGCGAUGAAGGACGGCUCUGUGCUGAGGGAAGGAACUCUAAAGGACAUUCAGACUCACGACGUCGAGCUCUACGAACACUGGAAGACACUGAUGAACAGACAGGAUCAAGGAUUAGAGAAGGACAUACAGCAGGACAGUCAAACUACACUAGAGAGGAAAACACUGCGGAGAGCUUUCUACUCCCGAGAGGCGAAGAACCAGAUCGACGAUGAGGACGAAGAGGAAGAAGAGGAGGAAGAGGAUGAUGAUAACAUGUCCACAACUACGAACAGACGAUCGAAAAUCCCCUGGAAGGUUUGCUGGUGCUACAUGUCCUCCGGUGGCUUCUUCAUGGUUUUCCUGAUGGUUUCCUCUAAACUCCUCAAGCACUCCGUCAUCGUUGCCAUUGACUACUGGUUGGCUCGCUGGACUUCCUCCAAAACCAAUCAGAGCACUGGUGCUGGAGCCGACGACGCCUACUAUCUGCCCGUGUUUAUCAUCCUGUGUGCAGCCGGCAUCACUUUAUGCCUCAUCACCUCCCUCACUGUGGAGUUUCUGGGUCUUUCUGCAGCCACCAACCUGCAUCACAACCUGCUCAACAAGAUCAUCCACGCUCCCAUCAGAUUCUUUGACAUCACUCCGCUCGGUCAGAUCCUCAACAGAUUCUCAGCUGAUACCAACAUCAUCGAUCAACACAUCCCUCCGACUCUGGAGUCUUUGACGAGAUCCACGCUGCUCUGUUUGUCGGCGAUCGGAGUCAUUUCCUCCAUCACUCCGACUUUUGUCAUCGCUCUGCUUCCUCUGGCGGUGGCUUUCUACUUCAUACAGAAAUACUUCCGGGUGGCCUCCAAAGACCUGCAGGACCUCGAUGACUCAACGCAACUUCCUCUGCUGUGUCACUUCUCUGAGACUGCGGAGGGUCUCACCACGAUCAGAGCGUUCAGACACGAGGCUCGUUUCAAACAGCGCAUGUUGGAGCUGACUGAUACCAAUAACACAGCGUACCUCUUCCUGUCUGCUGCAAACCGCUGGCUGGAGGUCCGAACGGAUUACCUUGGAGCAGUGAUCGUGCUGACAGCAGCUGUGACUUCUAUAUGGAGUUCACAGUAUUUACCAGCUGGAGGUUUGGUGGGGCUCGGACUCACCUACGCUCUCACCGUCACUAACUACCUGAACUGGGUUGUGAGGAACUUGGCAGACCUGGAGGUUCAGAUGGCGGCCGUGAAGAAGGUCAACAGCUUCCUGAGCACCGAGUCGGAGAACUACGAGGGAUCGAUGGAUGCGACUCAGGUGCCUGAAAACUGGCCUCACGGUGAGAUAAAGAUCCAGGACCUGUGCGUGCGCUACGACCCCAUGCUCAAACCGGUGCUCAAGCACGUCAACGCUUACAUCGCGGGCCAGAAGGUGGGGAUCUGCGGUCGUACAGGCAGCGGGAAGUCUUCACUGUCUUUGGCCUUUUUCAACAUGGUGGAUAUUUUUGAAGGAAAGAUUGUCAUCGACGGGAUCGACAUCUGUAAGCUUCCUCUGCAGACGCUCAGGUCGAGACUCUCCAUCAUCCUCCAGGAUCCUGUGUUAUUCAGCGGAUCGAUAAGGUUUAACCUCGAUCCGGAGAGAACGUGCACCGAUGAUCGACUCUGGGAGGCGCUAGAGAUCGCUCAGCUGAAGAACAUGGUGAAAGCUCUUCCUGGAGGAUUAGACGCGGUCGUGACAGAAGGAGGAGAGAACUUCAGCGUCGGUCAGAGGCAACUCUUCUGUUUGGCGAGAGCGUUCGUCCGAAAGAGCAGCAUCCUCAUCAUGGACGAAGCCACAGCGUCUAUCGACAUGGCAACGGAGAACAUCUUACAGAAAGUUGUGAUGACAGCCUUCGCAGACAGAACAGUUGUCACCAUCGCACAUCGUGUCCACACCAUCCUCACAGCUGAUCUGGUCAUCGUGAUGAAGCGAGGGAACAUUUUGGAGUACGACAAACCCGAGACUCUUUUGGAGCAGGAGGACGGGAUGUUCGCCUCAUUCGUCAAGGCCGACAUGUAG